GAUCGGUGCUCAUGUGUCUAUCCAGACCCCACAUCCAAACUCUCCGCAGAGGCCUUUAGCUCUUUCAUUCCCUUCUCUCUGCCUCGCUCUUCUCUAACUAGAGGGGUUAAUAACAGCAGAACAGGCUCAUCCCUAUUCUGUGCCAAUCACCUGAGUGUGAGAGAUAGAGGACGAGGGAGAGCAGGCGAGCAGGCACAUCUCUCCAGCAGGCUGGCCUCGCAUCUCCCAACUGUGGGCACAGAACCUGACGGAGCGAAGCAGAGACGGGGAAAGCCCCGAGCAACAGGAUGAAGAGGUACCAAGAGCAUCAUCUGCAGCAGUGGCUGCUUUUCUGAAUUGCACAUAGCUUAAGAAAUGGCCAAGGCAAUAAUGCAGCUAUCAUCAUAAUCAACUCAGAAACUUGCCUCGGGUCUCUGGGAAGCGCAAGCCCGUCACUCCGGAUCUGCUGAUGAGCCCCAGCGAUCGCGACGAUGCAGAGCUGGACAUGGAAUACCCACAAGACAGGGGAAACUGGUCAGGGAAGUUAGACUUUCUCCUGUCGUGCAUUGGAUACUGUGUUGGCUUGGGCAACGUCUGGAGAUUCCCAUAUAGAGCGUACACCAAUGGUGGAGGGGCUUUUCUUAUCCCAUACUUUAUCAUGUUAGCCAUCUGUGGAAUUCCCCUGUUCUUCAUGGAACUGUCCUUAGGCCAAUUCUCCAGCUUGGGACCUCUGGCGGUGUUCAAAAUAAGUCCACUAUUCAAAGGUGUCGGAAUGGGCAUGCUACUAAUCGUUGCCCUUGUAGCAAUCUACUACAACAUGAUAAUAGCCUACGUGCUAUUCUACCUCUUCGCCUCUCUGACCAGUAGCUUGCCCUGGGAGCACUGUGGCAACUGGUGGAACACCGAGCUCUGCCUGGACCACCACGUAAUUCGUGCCAGCAACUCUGUAGUGCCCAUCAACAUCAGCACCACCGUUAGCCCCAGCGAGGAGUACUGGAGCCGCUACGUUCUUCACAUACAAGGGAGUUCUGGCAUUGGGGAUCCGGGACACAUUCGAUGGAACCUGUGUCUGUGUCUCCUCCUGGCCUGGAUUAUUGUCUACCUGUGCAUCCUAAAGGGCGUGAAGUCAUCAGGCAAGGUUGUCUAUUUCACAGCUACGUUCCCUUAUUUAAUUCUGAUCAUGCUGUUAGUUCGCGGAGUAACACUAGAUGGAGCCUGGAUCGGAAUCAAAUUCUAUCUCACACCACAGUUUGACCACUUGUUGACAUCAAAGGUGUGGAUAGAGGCAGCUCUGCAGAUCUUCUACUCGCUGGGAGUCGGGUUUGGCGGCCUUCUCACCUUUGCUUCCUACAACACAUUUCAUCAAAACAUUUACAGGGACACUUUCAUCGUUACUCUUGGGAACGCCUUUACCAGCAUACUAGCAGGGUUUGCAAUCUUUUCCGUGUUGGGAUAUAUGUCCAAGGAACUGGGUGUUCCGGUGGAUCAAGUGGCUAAAGCAGGUCCAGGACUGGCAUUUGUUGUGUACCCCCAGGCCAUGACUAUGCUUCCUCUGUCUCCGUUCUGGUCCUUCCUCUUCUUCUUUAUGCUUCUGACUCUCGGAUUGGACAGCCAAUUUGCAUUUAUGGAGACAAUAGUGACCGCCAUUACAGACGAGUUCCCUUACUACCUCAGACCAAAGAAAGCGUACUUCUCUGCUAUUAUCUGCGUGGCUUUGUUCCUUCUGGGACUCAUACUCACCACUGAAGGUGGAAUGUAUUGGCUGGUCCUGCUGGAUGACUACAGUGCGGGAUUUGGUCUCCUGGUGAUGGUCAUCACAUUCUGCCUUGUAGUUUCAAGAGUAUACGGAAUCAAGAAUUUCUGCCGAGAUAUACAGAUGAUGCUGGGAUUCAAGCCAGGAAUUUAUUUUAAGGCGUGCUGGGCGUUUUUAUCCCCAGUCACAUUAAUAGGUCUGCUGGCUUACAGUAUACUAAAGUACCAGCCAUCACAAUACGGAAGCUACAAAUUCCCCCUCUGGUCAGAAGCUUUAGGGAUCCUCAUGGGGUUGCUCUCCUGUAUGAUGCUCCCUAUCGGAAUGCUGGUUGCUGUGCUAAAGGAGGAAGGAACUCUGUGGGAGAGAAUACGCCAGGCUAGCAGGCCCGCUAUGGACUGGGGACCAUCGCUGGAAGAAAACAGGACAGGCAUGUAUGUUAACACACUGGCCGGCAGCCAAUCUCCCAAACCAUUGAUGGUCCAUAUGCGGAAAUACGGAGGAAUUACAAGCUACGAAAACACAGCCAUCGAGGUGGACAAAGAAAUAGAGGAAGAGUCUAUGAUGUGAGGAUUGCAGGGAGAACUAUGUGGAACAGACACCUCUGUGCCUCCGGGCUUAUUCAUGCUUCCCUGACACAGAACCUGGCAACCCUCGGUCCUGUGUCCAACCUGGCCCCCGCCAGGCAGAGGUCACCGGUUAAGAACUGCAGCCGUCCAAUAGCUCUUUGUGUGGGACUACAUGCAGAACUGUCUUUGUAGUUGUUAUGGUAUGGUAAUGUCACACUAUUUGAGACCCUGUCUACUUGUUUCUGCGCUUGGUCAACUCACUGCCACUCUAUGUAUUUCCGGAGCGUUGCCCACUACAGAUCGUGAGUAGUGUUAUGGUGUAUGUAAGCCUUAAAUGGUUGCACUAUAUGUAUUUAUUCUAGAAAUGGUGCAAAUGCAUUGGCAGAGUCUGAUUUUACCAACACACAGAACAAGGUCACUGUUUAUACAUGGAGCCAUCCUCGUGUGUGUGGGGUUAUGUCCAUUAUGUGGCUGUUGAAGCGCCAGUCCCUUAAGAACGCAUUAUGUUAAAUUAAUUUGAAUGUUUUGAAGAAAGGGCUUAAUAAAUUGUUACACUACAUUUUCUUAUUAAAUGUUAAAAAAAAAAAUUUUUUAUAGGUAUACUACUCCAGGGAGUCUGUUGUACUCCUCCUACAGUAAAUGAUGUUGGUAUUUCCCAACACGGUGGAUGCACAACGAUGUGCGUUGGUCGUGGAUUGUACACGGCUACAUUCUGUUCAAUUAAAGACACUGCACGACUUUAUAA